ACAUCAUUUACUCACAAAAGUUACAUACAACAUUUGUCUGCUUCUGCAAAAUCUAGAAAGAAAAGGUUUUUUUGUUGCUAUUUGGAGGGAGCCCAGGUGAGGCUGUUAACCGUGUAAGAGUAAAAAAUUCCAGCGUCGUUAUCCAACAAAUGACUCCCAGUAAGCUGAGGUUAGUUAUAUGGACAGAAUUGUUUCUUUAUGCAAUGGGCUGCAAAGACUCGAGGAUGCCGGAAGCGGAAACAGACAGUGGGAACAUCCUAUUACACGCUCGGGUAUCUCGUUCGGCCAUCACUGUCAACAGUAAGGUUAAUUACGUCAGGGAAGGCAGCGUGGUGACCUUUCAGUGUGACCCUGACGAGGAAGUUCUAAGUGGAAUUCGAAGGAUAUCGUGGAUCUGCAAUGGCGCCAUGGUAACAACAGACACGACGUAUGACACCCUGACUGAAGAGGGCAGCAUGUUCAGGAGGCAAUUGGUGGCAGAAAACGAGGGAUCUCACAACUGCCUGGUGAAUACCACAACCGGAUCACUAUUGUCGGAAACAGUUAUGCUGAAGAUUGCAGUUCUCACACAAAUACCCGUCGUUCACUUCUGGCAUCAUAUCAUCAGAGACCCACAUCUCCUGCCCUGUGACGUCAUGGGGUACUUCAUACCACGUGGUGAAGUCACGUGGUUUAAAGACAAGAAAGACGUCACAGAAUCAGCUCACUUGUACAUAGAUAUUGACGGAUCGUUAAACUUUCUCUACCUCACAUCUGAUGACUUUGGAAAGCCAUAUAACUGUGAGGUGCGCAACAACAUACUACAACAGACCAUUACAGGGAAUACAACCUUUGUCUUGAAGGACUCGUGGACACAUCGAAUCGACAGAAAACCAUUUCUCAUCAGCAGUACUGAAACAGCUUCAGCUGCUGAAGGCGAUGACGUCAUAGUGGAGUGCAGCUUCGGUGGAGACCCCGAGCCCACGGUAACAUGGACAAGGAAGUACAGUCAUGAGGCUCAUCGCAAGUACAGCUAUCCUGCGACUAAAGGGAAGCAACUGCGUAUAGCCAACGUCAGCGUCAGUGAUGGUGGUAGUUAUACUUGUACAGCGAAAAACCCACAAGGAGAAGCUCAAUCAGAGAUUCGUUUACGUGUUAAAAGAGCACCAGCCUUGGCGAAGCCCAUAGAGUCACGUGUCCUCCACACCGGAACUAGCGUGAAGUACCACUGCGCACCUGAAGAUGAUCAGCUGCAAUCCAUAUGGAUUCUUGAUGGAUGGCCAGUAGAUGAUGGUGUGAGGGACUUCAUUGACGGCAAAACCCUGCUCGUGACCUCAAGUAUUGCUUCGAGAGGAAACUUCUGUGUCCAGUGCAACGUCAGUAACGACAUCGCCUACACCCUGUACAGCGCCUGUGUCACAUACGUGGACAAGCUAUGGACAAUCAUCGUUCCUGUCACCAUUGGCAGUGUCAUCAUCAUCAUCAUUGUUAUCAUCAUCAUUAUCAUCAUAUGUGUGAGUCGUCGUAAGAGAGGCCUUCCUACUGUAGAAACCGAUCUUCCCAUUUCGGCUAGCCUUUACCUUGAGGCCCAUCAGCUCAUAGAACAACAGAUUGCUCAUCUCCAGAUGAAUCACGACGAUGGCCAUCGGGACGGUAUAUGAGUAUGGUGUAAGACUGAAGCGCCGUGUAGCUGACUGGAGCUGACCACCUGCAGGCAUUGUGUGCUUGAUUGGCGACAUGGAAUUGGUGGGAAUGUUCUUCCCGUGGCCUGUUUCUGGGCUUCGUUUGCCCUUGAUACAACAAUGUCAUCCUGACAAAUUAAUCACGGUUGCAUCUCUAACUCAUUGUUACAAGACCCCUGGAACAGUGCACCAAGACAUGUUGACAACCGUAUGAUUACCUGUUGAAACUGUACCAUGACUUGUUGAAAACUGUACGAUUACCAGCUGAAAUUGUACCAAUACUUGUUGAAAAUUGUACGAUUAUCUGGUGAAACUGCACCAAGAUUUCUUGAAAAGUGUACGAUUACCUGUUAAAGUUGUACCAAGACUUGUUGAAAAGUGUACGAUUACCUGUUAAAACUGUAUCAAAAUUUGUUGAAAAUUGUACGAUUACAUGUUUAAAUUGUACCAAACUUGUUGAAAAUUGUACGAUUACAUGUUUAAAUUGUACCAACACUUGUUGAAAAUUGUACGAUUACAUGUCUAAAUUGUACCAAGACUUGUUGACAAUUAUAAGAGUACCAUCUGAAACUGUACCAAACUUGUUUACAACUGUACGCAUACCUCUUGAAACUAUACGAUGACCUUUAGAAAACAGUAGCGGGACCUGCUGAAAAUGUACAUUGUAAGAUCUGUUAAAAGGUACUAAGACGGUACAAUACCUAGCGUUUAUAGAACUCUUUACAGAGCGUCAACAUCGUAAAACUUUCCUCGUGUUUUCUGACGUUGACACCAAAAAAUCUCAACUUUCGCGGCUUUCCUUUCAGAUGGCAUAUCAGUCUUGUAUAUUGUAUUUUUCCUGACCAUAUCAUAAAAUACUCACUCACUCAAUGACGAAAGUAUAGAAAAAUAAUAUUCGUGAUAAAUAUAUGUUUCAUUUGAGAUCAGCGUCACUCGUCAGCGUAUUAUUCAGCGUCAGCGUAUUAUUCAGUACCAUAUGUUAAUAUAAGCCCUUCGAUUCUCCACAGGGGCGGUGGGGUAGGCUGGUGGUUAAAGCGUUU